AUGAGUCGCCGUUUAUUCACACGGAUUGCUGAUGAUUUGGCGGGGCUAGACUCGUUUUUCACUCAACGACCCGAUGCUCGUAAUUAUGAAGGGUUCACCACGUUACAAAAGUUUACUGCGGUCAUUCGCCAACUGGCGUACGGGACAGUGGCCGACGCGUUGGACGAGUACUUACAGAUGUCGGCAAGAACCGCGCGGGAAUGUUUGUAUCGGUUUUGCCAUAAUGUGGUGAAACUGUAUAGCAAAAAAUAUUUGCGGAAACCAAACGCGUAUGAUGUUCAACAGUUGUACCAAGCUCAUGAAGCAAGGCAUGGGUUUCCGGGAAUGCUUGGUAGCAUUGAUUGUAUGCAUUGGGCGUGGCAUAACUGCCCGACUGGGUGGCGAGGCCAAUACACGCGAGGUGAUCACGGCUAUCCAACCUUAAUACUUGAGGCCGUGGCGUCACAAGAUUUGUGGAUCUGGCAUUCUUUCUUUGGGCUCCCUGGUUCACUCUGUGACAACCCGAACUUUCAAGAUUAG